GGACCUAAUUCUCUACACCCAUUGGCUCUGAGCUCUACCCCUAUAUCUUAUGUGCAAAAAGAAAAAUAGACAAGAGAGAGAGAUGAGUUGCCCCAAUGUUCCUUCAUUUGCUUCAAUGGGAGCUUUGCUCUUUGGUUUAUGUGUAUUGUCAUUAUCGCCAGAAUUUGCUUUAGGAAUAACGAGGCACUACACAUUCAAUGUCGAUUACCUCAAUGUGACCAGAUUGUGUCAUACAAGAAGCAUUCUCAGUGUUAACGGUCAGUUCCCAGGGCCUCCAUUGGUGGCAAGGGAAGGUGAUCAAGUCAUUGUUAAAUUGGUUAAUCAUGUUACAAACAAUGUUACCAUUCAUUGGCAUGGGGUUAGGCAGCUUGGGAGUGCGUGGGCUGAUGGACCAGCUUAUGUUACUCAGUGCCCUAUACAAACUGGCCAGGCAUACACAUACAACUUCACCAUCACCGGUCAAAGAGGAACUCUUUUAUGGCAUGCUCACAUCUCAUGGCUAAGAUCCACACUUUAUGGACCCAUCAUUAUUCUUCCAAAGCGCAAUGAAUCUUACCCGUAUGAGAAAGCACACAAGGAAAUUCCCAUUAUUUUUGGAGAGUGGUUUAACGUAGACCCAGAGGCUGUGAUUAGCCAGGCUCUUCAGACAGGAGCAGGUCCCAACGUUUCAGAUGCAUACACGAUCAAUGGUCUUCCGGGUCCCUUGUACAACUGCUCUUCUAAAGACACAUACAAGCUAAAGGUGAAGCCAGGAAAGACAUAUCUCCUCCGUUUGAUCAACGCUGCACUCAACGACGAGCUCUUCUUUAGCAUAGCCAACCACACCCUCAUCGUAGUUGAAACCGAUGCUGUUUACCUUAAACCUUUCGAAACAGACACCCUUCUCAUCGCUCCAGGCCAAACCUUAAACGUUCUUCUCAAAACCAAACCCAAUUUCCCUAAUGCCAGUUUCUUCAUGGCCGCUAGUGCCUAUUUCACAGGCAGUGGCUCUUUUGACAACUCCACAGUUGCAGGUAUUCUUGAAUACAAGCACCCAUCUCAUUACUCUGCCUCAAAAAACCUUACUCUUUUCAAACCAACGCUCCCAUUAUUCAAUGCCACAAACUUUGUAGCAAAUUUCAGUGGAAAAUUCCGGAGCUUAGCCAAUGCUAAAUUCCCUGCCAAUGUUCCUCAAACCGUGGACAGGAAAUUUUUCUUCACUGUGGGACUUGGGAGUAACCCGUGUCCUCAAAACACAACAUGUCAAGGACCUAAUGGCUCAAAAUUUGCUGCUUCGAUUAACAACGUGUCCUUUGCUCUCCCAUCAAUUGCUUUACUUCAAGCCCACUUUUUUGGAAAAUCUAAUGGGGUGUAUACCACUGAUUUUCCAACACAGCCAUUAGUGCAGUUUAAUUAUACAGGUACACCGCCAAAUAACACACACGUGAGCAAUGGCACGCGUGCUGUGGUGUUGAGAUUCAACACGAGUGUGGAGUUGGUAUUGCAGGACACGAGUAUUCUUGGUGCUGAGAGCCACCCUCUCCAUCUACAUGGUUUUAAUUUCUUUGUUGUGGGACAAGGUUUUGGAAACUAUGAUCCGAAUAAGGACCCUGCUAAGUUCAAUCUGGUGGACCCAGUCGAGAGGAACACGGCCGGUGUUCCGGCCGGUGGCUGGCUGGCUAUUCGUUUCCUAUCAGACAAUCCAGGGGUGUGGUUUAUGCAUUGCCACUUAGAUGUCCACACGAGCUGGGGGCUAAGGAUGGCGUGGGUUGUCUUGGAUGGACCAGAACCGAAUCAGAAGUUACCACCACCACCAUCUGAUCUUCCAAAGUGUUGACUUGACUGACCAACCGUUGGUUCGGAAUUCUCACAGUUUUUUUUUUUUUUUUUUUGAGUGGUCGUGUUCUAUUGUCCCCUUUUAACUUAAAAAUUAUCAUCUUUUUUGCUGUGUGAUUUAUUUAGAUAACAAAGGGCUUUCACUUUUUUUUUUUUUGGUUGAGAGAGAGAGAGAAAAGAAGAACUCAUCUGUAAUCAUUGCAAUGGCUGUUUGUGUCAAUUAAUGGGAAGCGUUUGAUACUUACCUCAA